GACCUAAGUAGAUCAUCCCUUCCUUUUACUUUCUUCUCCCUCCCCUCCUUUUGAGAUCCAUUUUUCUGGGCUCAUUUCUGCAUUUGAGUUCUGUAAAAAUUUUCAGUAGAAUAGCUUUGGUAUCCAUGUCGAGUGCUACUUUGGGUCAUGUAAUUCCCUGCAAAGCUGCGGUUUCACGGGAAGCAGGGAAACCAUUGGUGAUAGAGCAGGUAGAGGUGGCUCCACCACAGGCUAUGGAGGUUAGGAUCAAGAUUAAGUAUACUUCACUCUGUCAUACCGAUCUCUACUUCUGGGAGGCUAAGGGCCAGACACCAUUGUUUCCUCGCAUAUUUGGCCAUGAAGCAUCUGGGAUUGUGGAGAGUUUCGGGGAAGGUGUGACAGACCUACAAGUGGGAGACCACGUACUACCGGUAUUCACGGGGGAGUGUGGGGAGUGCAGGCACUGCAAGUCUGAGGAAAGUAAUAUGUGUGACCUGCUGAGAAUAAACACAGACAGAGGAGUCAUGAUUAAUGAUGGGAAAUCUAGAUUUUCCAUUAAUGGAACUCCGAUUAAUCACUUUCUUGGAACAUCCACAUUUAGUGAAUACACUGUUGUUCAUUCGGGCUGCCUUGCAAAAAUCAAUCCUUUGGCACCUUUGGAUAAAGUCUGCAUCCUCAGUUGUGGCAUCUCAACAGGCUUGGGUUCAACUCUAAAUGUGGCUAAGCCGAAAAAAGGUUCCUCAGUUGCCAUCUUUGGUCUAGGAGCUGUGGGAUUAGGUGCUGCUGAAGGAGCAAGAAUUGCUGGUGCAUCGAGGAUUAUUGGAGUAGAUUUGAAUCCUAAGAGGUUCGAGGAAGCCAAGAAGUUUGGUAUCACUGAAUUUGUGAAUCCUAAGGAUCAUAACAGACCAGUGCAGGAGGUACUUAUGGAGAUGACAAAUGGUGGAGUUGACAGGAGUGUGGAGUGCACAGGCAAUAUUGAUGCAAUGAUUUCUGCUUUUGAAUGUGUUCAUGAUGGAUGGGGUGUAGCUGUGCUUGUUGGAGUGCCCAACAAGGAUGUGGUCUUCAAGACUAAACCCAUCAACUUGCUCAAUGAGAGGACACUAAAGGGGACCUUCUUUGGGAAUUACAAACCUCGAACCGACAUUCCUUCGGUUGUCAAUAUGUACAUGAACAAGGAAUUAGAAUUGGAUAAGUUCAUUACUCAUCGUCUUCCUUUCUCCGAAAUCAACAAGGCCUUCGAGUAUAUGUUGAAAGGUGAAGGUUUAAGGUGCAUUAUCAGCAUGGAAGAGUAGGAUGGUGAAGUAUCUGAGCCAUUUCUACUCUAUCUACCCAUAUACUUUUUCAGUUAUCCAGGUGAAGAGUGUGACUACUACUGUCCAGUUAUGGGU